AUGCUAGUCAACUUUAAAGAUUUUAAGAAGGAGAAAUUACCAAUCGAAUUGACUGAAGAUGCCACCAUUCUUCAUGCAAAAGAAUUAAUCGCCGAACAAAAGCAUUGCGAGCCAUCGCAAAUCAAAUUGAUAUAUUCCGGUAAGGUGCUACAAGACACCAAGACUGUGUCAGCAUGCAAUUUGAAGGAUGGAGAUCAAGUUAUCUUCAUGAUAAGUAAAUCUAAAAAGAAGGCCGAGGUUAAGGUAACAGAGUCUGCUGUUGAACCACGCGAAGAGUCCCAAGAUGCUUCAACGACUGCUACUACUGGCGCCGCUGGCGCAGCAGCUCCAAGUGCAGCACAGGCUCCAGCUCCAGCAACUGGGAAUCCAGAAGCAAGUACUGAAAAUACCCAGACGGAAGGAGCUGCUGCAACUACUACCGAUGCCUCCUUCGUUACAGGGUCCCAGCGUAACGAAACUGUUAAUAGAAUUAUGGAAAUGGGAUAUGAUCGUGAUCAAGUAGAACGUGCCCUAAGAGCAGCCUUCAACAAUCCAGAUCGUGCCGUCGAAUACUUACUAAUGGGUUUACCUGAGGUCAGUGAGACGCAUCACCAACAGGAACAACAAGCGGAUCCUUCUUCUGAAGCAAGUGCUGUUGCCAACGAACCCUCUCAGGAUGCCACUCACGAAGACAAUCUUUUUGCGCAAGCCGAAGCAAACAACAGUGGACAUGGACCAGAAUCUGGUGCUGCUCUUGGUGACGAAGAGAUGGGAACCAUCGGAUUGACUAUGGAAGAUAUCACUCAAUUGCGCGACGUAGUAUCUGGCCAUCCAGAAGCCAUUAUGCCUCUUUUUGAAAGUUUAAGCACACGUUAUCCUCAUCUACGUGAAACUAUGCUGCAAGAUCCUCAAAGAUUUAUCACUGUACUAUUGGAAGCAGUUGGCGGAUCAUUGACAGAUAGCUUGGCUGAAAAUCUUGGCGAUGAACAGCUCGAAAGUUCCUUAGGGGAUAUUGGUGAACAAGCUCAAGUCCCAGCUCCAAAUGUGACAAUUUCAGCAGAAGAUGAAGCAGCUAUUGGAAGGCUUUGUGAACUAGGGUUCGAGCGUACUUUAGUGAUCCAAAUCUACUUUGCAUGUGACAAGAACGAAGAAAUAGCCGCCAAUAUGCUUUUCAACAACUAUGCGGAUUAA